AUGCAGCCGACCAUGGUCCUGGCCUUUCAAUGCCAGGUCUUGAGCAUGAUGCUCCUAGUGACAGCAGUUGAUGUACAUGCCGCAGACAGCUGUGCCGGCGGGGUGUCCCUGCUGCAGAACAGCCUACGCGUCCAGUCUCGCGCACAUGGCCUUCAGAGAGCAUCCAAGCCGUGGGAGACGUACUUUUAUUUUGUAGGGACUCACCACAAAGCGGGGAGCCAGCUGACACGAAACACCAUGAAGUGGGCACUCGAUUUUCUGGGAGCCAACUAUUCCUGUCAGGAGCAUAAUUUUCAGCACGCCACUAUAACAUCAGUGGGAGGCGAGAACAAAUGUCGCGUCUCGACGGAUUGUCGCAUUCACUGGGACAACGUCGUCACCCAACCCAGAGUUCUGUCGAAUCGCGAGCUGGCCGGUGCAGGAGGUAUGAAGUUCGCCCAUGCUGUGCGCGACCCGAAGAUGAUGCUUGCCUCCUCCUACUGCUAUCAUCAUCGUGGAGAGGAGUAUGGCAAUCCUAUUGCUCCCUGGCCCCAGAUCAUGUUCAUGGGGCCGCGCGAGGGGAUGCAUGCACUCUUCGAUGGAAUGAUGGAGAUCAUCAACCACAUGGUGAACAUUUAUACUAAUUCGGAAGCCGACACGUACCACUCCCGCUAUGAGGACAUGACGGAGUCCUCAGAAAGCUUCGACACCCACGUAAAGGCACUCUUUGACUUCAUGUUUGAAGACCUCAUAUCUCCGGAAGAGCAUGAAGAGAUCCGCAAUCGGGCGAAGAAGGAAGACCUCAAUCGGGGUGAGAAUGGCCUCUCCGCCGGCAAGAACCACACCAACAGCGAGGACUGUGAGGCUAAAGCGCUUGCGGUGCUGGAGCAUAGCCCGGACAUGUACGAUCCCAUCCAGGAGCUUCGGACGAAAAUGGGCUACGUGUGA